AUGGACAAGCAGGAGCGUCCACAACAAUAUCGCACUAUUCCCCGCAAACCUAUUCCCGGAACCCCAGGUGAAUUGCUUGAGCAAUCGCAGCAGCCAGCACGCAAUGUGAGUGUGCGAAGUGAAUUCCCGCAGCAGAGAAGUAGCGAUGGCUCGAUUCCCCGGAAGCCAUUACCGAUCAGCCCCGUCUCACCGCCCCCGGUGUACACAGAAUCUCCAACCACUCUGAGCGCCGCGACAACCUAUAGCGGCUACGACGAUUCGCUCUUCGAUGAGUACGCAGCAGCAGAAUCAUCAGCACGUCAACAGCUCCAGCAUCUAACCGUGAACGACCAGCCAUUUUCAACAUCUCCAACAGCGACACCAUCACUCAGAAGCACUAAAUUGAGUCCGAAUUUACGUCCUGAACUUCUCCGUGGCGACGUUCUAGACGGAGACCCUAGAUCCCUGCCAUCUUCGAAGGCACCGACCGCGGCCCAGAAAGCUGGGAGCGCCGCUGUCACGGCGUAUCAGGAAGCUCGCCAUUUCGCUGGUGGUCUCGUCUCUCAUCCGUUCGAGGCAACGAAGCACUACUCUAUCCUCCGGCACUCCCACGGGCUGGUAUUCUAUAGCGGCAGCUACACCAGCAUCGCCAUCACCGUGUUCGCAGAUCGACCACUUCCACCCGACAGGACGUUCUGGCUGCAGCGGAGAGGCUGGUCGGGCAAGACAGGCCUGCGUGCUGGGGUGUUGUUUGGGACGCACAGUGCGUGGAUGGACGUGACGCCGGAAACAGCUGUUGUUGCGGAGCAGGUCAAGGUGACGGACGAGAGGGCCUGGCAGCGGGAUAUUGCGAAGUUCUUGCGUAAAGCGCCCAAGAAGCUCGCGGGGCAUGUGCCGAGGGAGACGGCUGUGUUAAGGGUACCGUGUGAUGCUGAAGAUGGGUAUCUGCGUAUCGUGAUGUGCUGUGGCGAGAGCGGGAAGAAGCAUCUUUGUCCGAGCCCGAUCUUUCGCCUGGCGUCGACAUCGCUCGAGAGCAGUUCCUUGCGAGGUGCAAGUUUGAAGACCCUUCCGCUUGAGGCGGCGGUGAAGAUUGGUACGGCUGUUGGGACGAAAUUUGUCCAGACAGCUGCGGCGCCGUAUGUGGCCGCGGUGAAAGCUGCCGCUGUGACGCAGGUGACGAGUGUGUUUCAGCCGAGCGCGGUGCAGGUUGCGGCGGCGCAGCAUGUGUAUGAUUCGAGUGGUGUUGCUGAUCGGUUGGUCAGGAUGGAAGAGCAGUGGGAGGCCAGAAGAGAUGCAGAAGGCAACGUCUUACUUGAGCGUGAUGGCGUGGUGGAGCCGAUGACUCUGGUCGUUGGAUCAGACGACGGACCAGCAGCACCGUUUCCAGUCCGCUUCACUGGCAAAGCCAUGCAUGCUGUCGAUGUGCAACCUUCACCUCUCGGCUUUCCAAUCGCGACCGUGACGAAUGUUGACAGCAAUAUCCUCCUCAAGCACUCUGGAAUCUUCAUCGGCUACGUCGCCAUCACUGUCGCCAAAUCGUCGCGAGACGAGUCUUCGGCCGGGCCAGAUCCUGCAACGCUCAUCGACAACAGCUGGCGAUCCUCCCUAAUAUCAAUCACCGCCAACCAUUCCACACGCGCCACGGUCGUCACGCAGAAACAAGUCUCGGUCCAGCUCCUCGACCCGCUUCCCUUUCCAUACCACGAGACGGUGCCGACGAAUUCCAAGAUUGCCAUUCUCUUGAUGACACCUCUGCGCCCCCUCCCAACACCGCAGCUUCCCGCUACAGCGGCAACCCCUGAGCAACAAGAGCUCCUCCAUCACCAGCUCAACAGCGACGCCGCCAUAGCACUCGCGACCCUCUCCCGCCCCGCCUGGCAGGCAGAGCCGACCCUCCAGCGCGUCAAAACAGCAGCCUCCCAGCGAAGUUUGACCGAGCGGUAUGUGGAUGCGAGGAGAGGCGUGCAGGAGGGAGUGAUUGACAAAGUCCCAACACAUCUGCUGGGCUUGAGGACGGACAGUCAUGUACGGAGGGAUGGGUUCGUGGGAAGGGGAGGGUUCUUCGUGGUUAGGUAA